AUGCCGAACGGCAGGGGAAGGUCUGAGCGUCCUGACGACCCCCGGGACACAGGCGUCACGCCGCAAACUCUACCUAUCGAAGAACUAGAAACGAUAUCCAUUUUCGACACACAAAAGGACCGGCAGGUCAGGAUCGGCACCUCCCUUAGUCCGUCUCUUCGGACCAAGUUCAUAGCCUUUCUGCGGGCCAAUUUGGAAGUUUUUGCCUAG